UUCAUUCGAGUAGUGUUUUGGCUGACUGUGGCUGACUACAUUCGUAUCGAAAUUAAGUUAAUCGCGAAAUUAAUUAAAAAUGUCAUUGGGUUCUCUACUGUUUAACCCAUUGAAAUAUUCAAAAAAUUUGCUAUUAACCGGUGUCAGUAGUAAUGUAGCAAGUAUUAGAUUUGCAUCGAAGAAAUCUGCCACGAAUACGAGGAAUCCACCAAAACAUGGAAGACCUAAGCAUAGAGGAUAUAAGGUCCCAGAUGGAGUUCGCGUACCGGAGGGCAAAAUUUUAGCUACCCAACGAACCACAAGAUUUCAUCCUGGUUAUAACGUAUCAUUUGGCAUAAAUGGAACAUUAUGCGCAUUACAACCCGGUAAAGUGUAUGUUACAUGUGAAAAGGUCGAUCUAAAUUGGGAUCAUGAUUGGGUUCAACGGAAUUAUGCUGGUCACAAUGGAAAAAUAAUUUAUAAGAAACAUUUUCAUGUAAUUCCUGAGCGUCAGCAUUGUUGCUUCAAGCUUGUUGAAGCAAUAUAGAAAAAUAAAACAAGCUACAUAUAAAAAUAUAAAUAGAUAAAUAUUAA